GAAGCUUCGGCGGCAGCGCAGACAGGUAGAAUCACUGAAUAAAAGAGUUGAAUUGAAUGAAACGCGAGAGUCGAGUUGGGCAGCACAAACUGGCACGUCUAGCGUCCGACUAGCAAUCUCCAAGAGAGGUCAAUUUCGGAAAUAUGCCAGCUAGCUGGGACUCUGGACUAGCUAGCUAGUACGAGUAGCACUAGCAGCAUUACUUUCGCUCGCGGCUGGCUGGCAUGGCGACCUCCAAGAACAGCAGCCCGUCUCUGUCUCCGCUGGUCGUCUUCCUCCUCGGGGCGGCUUCGGCCACCGUGCUGCUCCUCUUCUUCCUGACGGCGACGGCGAGCCCCGCGUGGAACGCGCUGGAGGCCGGUCCUCGCUCUGGCUCAGGCAGCGUGCGCUGCAGUACUAGUACUCCACGAGCAAACGGCACGGUGGUCGUCGACGCUCUAGAGCAACACGCCGGCGGAGUAGGAGCUCCUCCAGCGAACGAGGCGGGCGCGUCCGGCUCCGAUGAUGACGAUGCGGGGUUUGCGCGGAUGCUGCGCCGAGCGGCGAUGGAGGACCGGACGGUGAUCAUGACGUCGGUGAACGAGGCGUGGGCGGCGCCGGGGUCGCUGCUGGACUCGUUCCUGGAGAGCUUCCAGGUGGGCGAGAACGUGUCGCACUUCGCGAAGCACGUCGUGGUGGUGGCCAUGGACGACGGCGCGUUCCGGCGGUGCCAGGCCGUGCACCCGCACUGCCACCUGCUCAGGCCGGAGAAGGCGGGCCUCGACCUCUCCGGCGCCAAGAGCUACAUGACCAAGGACUACCUGGACCUCGUGUGGAGCAAGCUGAAGCUGCAGCAGCGCGUCCUCGAGCUCGGCUACAACCUGCUCUUCACGGACGUGGACGUGGCGUGGUUCCGGAACCCGCUGGUGCACAUCACGAUGGCGGCGGACAUCACGACGUCGAGCGACUUCUACUUCGGCAACCCGGACGACCUGGGCAACUUCCCCAACACGGGCUUCAUCUACUUCAAGGCGACGCCCCGGAACGCCCGCGCCAUGGCCUACUGGCACGCGGCGCGGCGGCGGUUCCCGGAGAACCACGACCAGUUCGUGUUCAACGAGAUCAAGCGGGAGCUCGCGGACGGGCUGGGGGUCCGGAUCCGGUUCAUCGACGCCGCCACCGUCAGCGGCUUCUGCCAGCUGGGCAGGGACCUCAACCGCAUCGCCACCGUGCACAUGACCUGCUGCGUCGGGCUGGAGAACAAGCUGUUCGACCUCAAGAGGGUGAUCGUGGACUGGAAGCGCUACAUGGCGCGCCCGCUGUGGGAGCGCCAGAUGGGGAAGAUCGGCUGGACGUUCCAGGGAGGAAGGUGCAUACACUGACUCACUGCAUUUGCACUGCACGCGGUGCCUGGAUGGAUUGGCUCGAUUCAAAUCUGUAGGACUUGCUGAAAUCCGGGGCAACAAUCAUCGUCCAACCAGCAUAUGCGUAGCCUGUCAAACACUUAAAACUCAGAAGCAUUUAUGACAUCUUAAUUAACU